ACCGUACAGACAUGUGUCAUUUGUCCUUUCCGCAUACCCACCAUGCUUUUGAUAUUGAUUUAGAACACGAAUAAAUAUUUUCUCAAUGAGUCUUCUUGCAGUUAAUACUUCUGUUGCUUGAAGAAUACUUACUGAAGUAUCUGGUGUUGAUGUCUGCAACGGUGCUGUUUUUUCAUGUGGCAAAGCGGCGUCUUUAUGCCAACACGCAGCGCUUUACCAUCUUUAGAGCCCAACAUCUGCCAUCAAAGGGAGAAAAUGGAGAGCAAAAGGGAGAAGAAAAAGAAACGCAAAGCCCAGAGCAUCCAACGAGCAUACUGGUGUACAACCCCUCCGCUUACUACCAGACAAAAAACGUCCGUGCCUUGGGGCGUUCAUAUACUGAAGAACCUUCCUCUAAUCUCCCCAUCAACCCUGCUUUCCGACAACAGAGUAACCCGUACAGCAUCAGCUCUUCACGACGGCUCUCCAGUGCUAAAAACACGCUGCUAAACCUGGCUUUUAGUAAAGCUGGAUCUAUCAGAGGUGCCGCACCUACCCCAUACGCCACCAAAGAUCCAGGUGCCAAAGGUGACCCUCGAGCUUUUCAGAGAUGUCGACCUGAAUACCUCAAUAUGACCCAUGACGUCUCCCAGCGUUCAUUAACUAUUGACCUCAAUGAGGCCUCGUUACUUCUUCAUAAAGUCACCGUUCUAAAAGGCAACAUGGAACCCUCAGAUGUCGCUAAUUUCUUGUGCAAACUUGGCCAGUUGCCCCAUGAACGCACAGCAGUCAUUAGAGGUGAUACGCGAUUCAACAUGUUGCUGCGGUAUAGUGUUGAAAGCCUGCAAAACUUCACGCAUGCGCAGUUAUUAGAUGUGCUGAGGGCCUUUGUGAAUUUGGGACUGCCUCAUUCCCAUAGCAUAUUGGGAUUGUUUGAAACAGAGUUUUGCCGCCGAGCAAGUGAGAUGGAGCUUCAUCAGUUGCUACUUGCCGCUGACUUGUGGCGGUGCCUUGGUCGAUUUGUUCCUCGGUAUUUGGAGAAGCUUUUUGACAGCAUUACCCAAUACUUUAACCAGAUAGGUCCACCAGAACUAGUUCAACUGGUGUAUGUUGUUGGAGAAGGCAGGAGAUGUCCAGAUACCCUCAUUCAGCCCAUAGAAUCAUUACUCAUGCGUCACUUAAACCAACUGAUGGCUGAAGAAUUAGGUGCCGUUUGCUUAAGCCUCUUCAAAUCCCAGAUUUCCCUGUCCGAGAGAGCCGUCCGCAGACUUGUGGACAGGACGCAUGUGGUAGUCAAGGACAUGAGUGAUUUUGGAAUAGUGAAUGUAAUGAAACUUAUGCGAUUUAGCUAUCUGGAUCAUCUUCCGUGGUUGGAGGCCAUGGGAUUGGAGGUACCUCGACGUGCCCCACAGAUGGGGGUUCAAGGCCUCAUGCACGUUGUCUUGGCCUGCUCCGCUCUGCACUACCGUAAUGAUCGGAUUCUCCUGGCCGUAGCUGAACAGCUCCCUAAUGUAGUCGAGCACUGCAGAAGUAAAGAUGUUGCGAAGAUGCUGUGGGCUUUCGGCACGUUAGGUUUCCUUCCGAGCCAAUGUCCCAACCUCUAUCCCAGUCUCACUAAAAUCCUAUGUGAACGUGAGGCUGAAUUUCAGAGAUUCCCUGAACAUCUCCUCACUGGCCUGCUUGGUCUUGCUUUUGUGGGUCAAUUCCCACACGACUUGCUUAACCUGGCUUUAAGCACAGAGUUCGUCAACAAGGCCUGCAACUCCCUGGAGCUUGAGUUGAGAAAAGACUUGUUCACCUUAGAUGGAACUGUAGGUCUAGAGUUGCCCAGGUGGACGGGCCCAAGGCUAAGUCAUGCAAUGAAGGAAGAGGUGACAAAGCAGUUAUGGGAUUUUGCCCAGGCAGAUAUUUGCCAGAAGCCCGAGGUGCUUGAGGCCGAAUCUAUGCUGCAGAAACUUCUGGGUGGAGAAUGGUUUGUGCGCAAACACAUGAUCUUUCCACAUUUGCGCUCCAUUGACCUAGAGGUUCACUUGGACCAUAGUGAGGAGCCUCUUCCUGUGUCCUCUGGACCUUGCCACCAGAAUCUCCCUCAGAAAGGUUCUGCCUGGUCUCAAGACUGGGAACAAAGACUCUCUGGAGUAACCCUAACUGAUGACCUACUAGCUCAGCUCACAAAUACCCGAAAGACCCCAGUGUGCUCGCCCGACAAGCCAGUCCAAAAGCCGUCGCUUCACAGAGUUGUGCCCAUUCAAGAGAGGGAAAGUAUUUUCAGUGUUGGUGUUGACUUGACGGAUGAUCUUGUGAUGGCAUUGACAAAAUCUGGGAAGUGCUCAACGCACCCGGAUGAUUCAAAACCAUCUAUUGUACGACUCGCUGUUCAAGUGACAAAUAGGAAUCAGUAUUGCUACAGGAGCCAGCAGUUGCUUGGAUUACAUGCACUGAAAAGGAGACAACUCAUGCUUGCAGGAUAUCGAGUUGUAGAGUUGCCCCACUGGGAAUGGUUUCCCCUACUGCGACGCUCUCAGGCAGAGAAACUCGCCUACCUGCACUGCAAGAUAUUUAGCUGUUCUGACUCCAAAAAAACAGACUACAACUUCAAUGACUGAUUAGAUUUUUAUACAUAAAUAAACGUUCAAGCUAGAUGCUUACAGAUUGUUCCUUGAUCAACCUACAUCUAAUGUAAUUAUAUUGUUGAAAGGUGUAUUGUAGCCUGUAAGGUGUUCUUAGAGAUUUUGUGUUUCAGUGGCAUAUACACAGAAUUAAAGGCUUAUAACUAAAAAAACAAGGAGGGUCAAGUGUUUGGUAUCAUUGUUAAGAAAACUUUUCAAUUUUUUUUAACGAUAUAGAUUAUGAUACAUUUUGAGACUCUCAGCCUAAAGGCGGGUGCACACUGUAUGAUUUUGGCCAUGAUUCCACCAUCUGAGACACAUUUCGGGAAUCCUAAAGUAUUUCUGUCAUCGCAGGGCAAAAUCGUCAAUCUUACAACAUUCAAUGUGACGUUCACAGACGGCUGAUUAAUAGCCUUUGCGAUAAUCUUAAGCCUCCGAUGAAGUUCUGGCAGUGUCAAAAAUUUAGCAUCGUAGCCGUAUAGUGUGACUGCUAUUACGACGGCCAGGUUAGAUAUUCCGCUCCUCUCUCGCACCCCAAUUCACUUGGAAAGUAACCUGCUAGCCGUCUGCACCAUAGCAACAUUUGUGCCCAGUUAUCACUCUACUCAAGCUCUUUCAGUAUCUUUUUUGUUUUCUCCAAUGUGAAUGCAGAAGUUUGUUAUUUUUCGGGCCACAAGUCUUUUUAUUUCCACAAUGAAUAUUUGCUAGUGGUAGCCCUUCAUUACUGUAGGCUACCUCCCGCACUCACAUUCAUUCUCAACAUCUGUAAUUUUCUGUAUUUUUUGUCUUAUUAUAGGCCUAUUUGACAAAGUCCAUCUUUCUUCUAAAUGUAAGCAUAUGCUCGUGAUGGAGUGGUAUUGGAGCAACGGAAAUGCUGAUGUCCUGACUUUCAGAGAGCGAAAAAAUAAUACUCCUCCGUGGUGGGCAAAUUUCGCUGUUUCGCUUCUAUUCCGCAACACCCCCGUAACGUGAGUCACAUUCACUGAUUGGGACGAUUGGGACCACAGUCGGCUAUGAUGUAUACUCAGUAUGACAUAAUGUUGCACAGUGUGCCAUGGCAAUAUCAGUGCGUUCAUAUCGUACAGUCUGACAAGCAACAAUCAUAAAGGACUAUUAUAAAUCGUACAGCGUGUACCCGCCUUAAGAAACUGUUGAAAAAUCACAAAACAAAUUGAGCCAAAAAUGUACUUUGUUUUUUCCUGAUUUUUCUGAUUUGACAUUUAUGUUAACUGUAACUUUUUGUGUUGAUACGACAAAGAAAUGAGAAGAUAGCAUUACAAAAAUUAUUUAUCCUAGUGUACAAAAAUGUAUCCAAAUAAAUAAAACAAUAAUAGACAUUAAGAACUAAUUACACAUGCAAACACAACAAUGACUAAAGGUUUGCAUAGCAUGCAGACAUGAUUUUAGUAAUGAGAUUUCACAGAAUGAGUUUCAUUCUGUGUCAUUUGAGUCAUCAUUGAGUCUGUGUCAUGUAUUUGGUGCCAUCUCCUGGUGGCCAUAUGUAACAUUGUGCUUCAUGUGUAUUAUCUAAUGAUCUAUGCAUCUGAUUAUCUUGUGUGUGGACUCGUUUGAAAGAUAAUCACCUCCUCUAAGUAAUGGUAUGGGAUAUUUUAUGUUCCGUUUAUUUUUCGUGAAGUUAUAAGUGAAAGUGCAGCAUAUAAGUAAUAUAAUUGUCACAGAACAUUCAGUACUGUGCAAAAGUUUUAGGCACUUGUGAAAAAUGUUGCAUAGUGAGGAUGUCUUCAAAAAUAAUGCCAUAAAUAGUUUUCAUUUAUCACUUAAUGUCAUACAAAGUCCAGUAAACAUAAAAAAAAUGGUAUGACCACCUUUGCCUUCAAAAUAGCACCAGUUCUCCUAGAUACACCUGGACACAGUUUUUCUUGGUUGUUGGCAGAUAGGAUGUUCCAAGCUUCUUGGAGAAUUAGCCACAGUUCUUCUGUCUAUUUAGACUGUCUCAAUUGCUUCUGUCUCUUUAUGAAAUCUCUCAAUGUUCUGUGGGGAGCUCUGUGGGGGCCAUGACAUCUGUUGCAGGGCUCCCUGUUCUUCUAUUCUAAUCUUUUCUAUUUACAAAAGUAAUGUUUGGGAGUCUAACAUUUAUAUUUCCUAUCAGUCUGUGCAUCUUAUCAUGUGGCUUGUUGAGCGCUUUACCGUGGAGACGUAGCGCGUGUGGAGGCUUCGCUAUUCUCCGCAGUAUCCACGCACAACUCGCCACACACCCCACCGAGAGCGAGAACCACAUUAUAGCGACCACGAGGAGGUUACCCCAUGUGACUCUACCCUCCCUAGCAACCGGGCCAAUUUGGUUGCUUAGGAGACCUGGCUGGAGUCACUCAGCAUACCCUGGAUUCGAACCCGCGACUCCAGGGGUGGUAGUAAGCGUCAAUACUCGCUGAGCUACCCAGGCCCCCCUCAUCUUGAUAGUUUUGGGUUGAAUGGAUCACAUGACAAAAAAUAUGACAUUGUUUUUGAAUAUUUCUAGAUUUAUCCACUUUGGAUAGCGUUUUCGGAAUUGCUCUGUUUUCGCAGGACAAAAAUGCCAUCCAAGUGUGGAAGGAAGGCCAAAACGCAGCGAUUUCAAACAAAAACAUAUUAGUGUGGACGUGGCCUUACACCCUGUCUACACCGGAUGCGAGCAUUGCGUUAAAAGCAUUAGAACCCAUUAUAAUAUUGAUGCUGUCUACACUGGAACCAUCCGUUGCGGACAGUAAACGGGUGUCCCGUUGCAUUUUGCGCUGCAUGCGCUGGCGCUACUGCCAAUAAUACAAAUAAACGGUUUAGAACGUUCGUGUCAACGCUUCCAGUGUAGACCACCUCAAGCCGUUGCGUCAUGUCUCUUUGCAUCAACAGACGUGCCUGGUUUAGACAGGGUGUAAGUGCUUUUCCAUCAUUGGGUGGAACGGUUCUAAACACAGUGACUAAUGGUUCUAGUAGCAUUUCAGCCUGAGCACUGUUUCACUACAAACCGUUCCAAACCUGGAAUUCUUAGCAUGAUUAGUUAACGGUGCUCAGGACAGAGAACCAUUCUGGUGGAACAGCUUUACCGACAUGGCGACUCAUGAUUGGUCCGUUCUCCAGUCAGUCUAUUCUAAUCCUGAUUUCGCAGCACCACAGUGGAAAAAGAAACCGUAGCCUCUAGCCUGUAUCAGUACAAAAUGGCAUGGCUUUUGCAAUUCCGUUCGCUGGCGCUAGUGCCGCCAAAAUUACACACUUCAGCUUCAACAGAGUUAAGACCCAGGUAUACUUCGUUUUGCCGAAUUCCGGAUCGCCUCGUUCUGAGUAUACUUUUCUGACCACGAACGAAUAGGAACGCGUUCGACGCAUGUGCUCUACAACUGCUUUGUCACACUCUUUUAGUACAGUCGGUGGCCAGCGCAUGCGCAGAUGACGUGCACAGACGAGGACCGCGUUGCCGAGUCAAGAAAAUCUACCAUUCGGCUGUGCUGAUGACGCAGUUUGCAUCACACAUACUGUGCACAGAGGGAUCCACAACGCAGGUUACUUUGGCCUUUAAUAAGAACAUCCAAGUGGCUCACACCCCCCAUUUGGAUGAUUGUUGACUCUGUUUUGGCACAUUGCAUCACCUUGAAUUAAAUUAUGUACCAUCUGUGUGAAUGUCUAAAUUGUGUUACACAACCUUGCAGGAACUGUAACAAUAGAGCAUUUGACUCACUGGCCUAAUUUUAUAACAAUUCUAUAUUCUGUAACGAUAAAUUGUACAGUUCUGUUAUCUGGAUCUACACUAAGCAAAUUCUGAGAUGGAUUUAUAUUGAAGUUGCAGGAGUGUUUUUGGGUUAAAAAGAUCUAGGAACUUGUCUUGUCAUUAUUAUGACCCUGAACAAGGCAAAAACUAUCAACUAAAACAGAUUAAAGGAAUAUAACCUUCGCUACCAGACAUCAGAAGUAUUAUCACACACUAUAUUCCUGCUGGUCAAUUACCUGUCAUUUAUUAGCAUUGUGACUCAGUAUUAAAUCAUACUGAAAAAGUGUUUCCUCUCAUUGCAUCGUGUAUACAGAUGAGUCACAUUAUUUUGUUUUCACAUUUAAGCUAAUGACUGAGCAAACCGCAACAAAAUUUCCCAAUUGUAAACACACCCAUUUGAUUUUGCCAUUGACUCUAAAGUUGUUUCACUUUAUUUGCACCUUAUAAGUUAAAAGAUUAUUAAAUAACUCUUUUGUACAAUGAGUGCUAAACUGUAUAAUAGCAGUAUUUUUCAUCUCACAUAUUUUAUGUCCAUUAUAUAUUUAUUUGGCAAGUAGCUAUGUAAUAGUCAGCUGUGUUGGGUAAGUAAUUAAUUACUAACUACUAAUUACAUCUUCUAUAGUGUAAUUAGAUUACUGUACUCUGUCUGAAAAGUAAUUGCAUUACUUAUUACUAAUUACUUUCUAAAACCCUGAUCAACCUCGACCAGAUGAAAAAUACAAGGAUAGACAUGAAACUGUUAUUUUAAUUGUUUCAAAUAAAUCAAAUAAAUUAUUAAUGAACUGGUCAAAGAAUUUAAAGGGGCAGCGUUAAAUUAGAAAACAUACUUUUUAACAUUAGACGUAAAAUUUCUCAAUUUUAAAUUCACUAUUGCUUUAUAUAGAAUUGUUCUAGGGUCUAUAUACAGUAUUUAACACAAUUACAUAAGAAGUAACUGUAAUGAAAUUACUGAAAAAUUAAGAGUAAUCCCUUAAUUAAUUUUUUUCAAUGAAAAAGUCAUUUAAUUACCUGGUAAUGCAUUACACCCAACACUGAUAGUCAGAAUCAUGUACCAUCAACUGUUUCUGUCCCCUUUUUUUCCAUUGAUAUGCACAUUUUACUUAUUUCAACAUAAGAUAUAUUCAAUCUGUACAUUUAAUUGUCAAUUGAAAAUUAAUUGUAUGUACAAUCCAUAUUCAAACUCUAAUAUCAUCUGCUUUUUGACAACAGCAGUUUCCCUACAUCUCACAGAAAACCCGAUAAAAUAUAUGUGUAAAUAGGUAAAAGCUUGUGCGUAAUAAGCAUGUAAUACGAAAUUUGGGGUAAAUGCCAAUCAAAAUAUUCCUGUUUCUGGUCUUGUUCAAGUGCGUCUUACACCAAAGACCCGCCCCCAUCCGGAAACGUCACACACUGACACACACGCAAUCCAAUGAAAUCGUUACAAUUCGCCUCAUCUCGUGACGUUUCCACCCUCA